GUGGUCUGUGAUUUGUACACAAAAGUCAAAACAAAGAUGGGAAAAAGUGUUUUAAUGCAAUUUUUUAAAUAUUUCUUUUAAAAACAGAAUCUAAAAUAGAUAUUUUUCGCAGCAGACUGCCUUUAUACGUCAUCUUCAUUCUCACAUAUACAAAGGAUAAUAUUAUUUUGAAAGAGGCAGUAUGUCUUUGUCUGGAAGUACAGGGAGUCCAAGUAAAGAAUCAAUUUGCACAAGUAGUAGUAUGGAAACGAAUGGAAAUUUACCGCGAGAUACAAGUCGUUUUUCCCUUUUUUCUGCUGGUUCUACGACAUCACAAGAGGAACCCUACAAAUUUGUAGGCCAUGCAGAACAAAGUUUAUCUUGUAUGCAAAGUUAUUUGCAAUCAGGAAAACUGUGCGAUGUCACUCUGAUAGCUGGGAAUAAUGGAAAAAGAGUUCAAGCGCAUAGGUUGGUUUUAUCAGCAGCCAGCGAAUAUUUUGCUCUUAUGUUCACUGGAAACUUGAGGGAAGCUGCCCAAACUGAAAUAACGUUGGGGGAAGUGAACGGUGACAUUUUACAGUCUGUUGUAAAUUACUGUUAUUCAGGAUCAAUCGAAAUAAGGGAGGAUAAUGUUGAGUCUUUGUUGUCGACAGCGUGUCUGAUGCAGUUGAAUGAGGUUGUAGAUGCUUGUUCUAAUUUCUUAGCUCAUCAAUUACAUCCCAGUAACUGUCUUGGCAUUGCUAUGUUUGCAGAGCAUCAGUCUUGUCCUGUUUUAUUGUACAAGGCUAGAGCUUAUAUCAGUGAAUAUUUCAUGCAGGUUGUUCAGAAUCAAGAAUUUCUCCAGCUCAGCCUUGACCACAUGCUCAUUCUGUUGUCCAGUGAUGAUUUAAAUGUUCCGUCUGAGGAGCAUAUAUUCCAUGCUAUCAUCAACUGGAUCAAUCAUGAACCAGAAAGAAAAACCGAUAUUGCUCAACUUCUGGCAUUCGUUAAGCUUCCCCUGCUGAGCCCCUCAUUUUUAGCAGACAAUAUAGAACCCUACGUCGGGGACGAUUUAAUGUGCCACAAACUAAUAAUGGAGGCUUACAGGUGGCAUCUGCUGCCCGAAAGAAGGUUGCAGAUGGUCAAUAGUAGAACUAGACCGAGGAAAGCCACCCUGGGAAAAUUGUUAGUGGUUGGAGGAAUGGACAAAUAUAAGGGUGCAACCGACAUUGAAAGUUACGAUCCCAGGUCGGACAAAUGGAGUAUUUUCGGUCAGACCAGCGGUAGAAGACUCCAGUUCGGCAUUGCCUUGAUGGGAGAUAAGUUGAUGGUAGUGGGAGGACGGGACGGUCUGAAGACGUUGAACUCCAUGGAAUGCCUGGAUCUGAAGACGUUCACCUGGUCGCAAAUGCCGCCGAUGAACACGCACAGACACGGACUGGGCGUGGCGCUCCUGGGCGGUACUUUGUACGCGGUAGGCGGUCACGACGGGUGGAGCUAUCUGAACACAGUCGAGAGAUGGGACCCGACGACGAGGACGUGGAGCUUCGUCGCUCCGAUGCAGAGCCAGAGAUGUUCGGCGGGCGUGGCCGUCUUGGAGGAGAAGCUCUACGCCGUGGGAGGGAGGGAAUCCUCCUCCUGUUUGAAGUCGAUGGAAUGCUACGAUCCGCACACGAACAAGUGGACCAUGUGCGCGCCGAUGAUGCGGAGGAGGAGCGCGGUGGGCGUGGCCGUCGCCAACGGUUACCUGUACGCCAUAGGUGGUCAGGACCCGCCCUCGAACAAUCCGUCUUACGCGAGAUACGAUUGCGUCGAACGAUACGAUCCCAGCACGGACAGCUGGACGACGGUCGCUCCAAUGACAAGCAAAAAGGAUGCCGUGGCCGCAUGCCUCUUCGGCAACUGUCUCGUGGCCGUCGGCGGCUACGACGGGGCCCAGUACCUCAACACCUUCGAACAGUACGAUCCGAUAACCAACGAGUGGACCCUACUGGCCCCCCUGAACAUGGGCAGGGCGGGCGCGUGCGUGGUGGCCGUGCCCAACAACAAGGAGACUGCCCAGACCAACGAAUAGUCUAGGCUUUCGAGAAUGGUGGUGCGCAUAUUCUACAGGAGCAAGGUGAUUUUUGGCACGGGAACGUUUGAGAGUUAGGUGUCGCUAAUUCCAUUCUUUCCGAAUGUGAUAAAUUUGGUGAUAGUCGAUGGGUAAUUUCGAUUUUAAAUUAUGUUUUAACGGAUGAUGGGGCGAAUUUUCGGACUCUUGUUUUAAUCAUAAAGUAAAUUUCCCUAAUAGAUUCUGAAUGAUUUGGCGAUUAUUUUGCACGAAAUGUUUGGGUUUGAUCACCUGUUUCUUUUUUAAAAUGUUCUGUAACUCCUGAACAGUUGCACCAGCAAGGUUUUUUGCUCUAACUCUCCUUCAAAUUUAUCCCAAACAUGUUCGAUGGUAUUGAGGUUCAGGCUUCUUGUUGAUCAUUCUAUGCGUAUUAUUGGAGCCUUCAAUUUCUCCUUCGCACGUACACAGAAUGGGGUACCUUCUCCUUACAAGCUUCAGUGCAAUGGCCUGUCCAGGACUAAUAUAAGUCCGAACUACCUUCAACUAAUUUUUCUGUUAGGUGCAAAACAUCGAAGACCUUGUUUAGCCAAUUCGUCAAUCUUUUGUUUUGCUAUCUCUUUCAUUUCAGUUGCCCCCGAUUAAACUGUACAGCCUUCAAUGACAAUGAACCUGAUCGUCUCACUUACCAAUACCAUCCGUUGUAGAUCAAUCAACAGAACGAUUCUUUAUCUUGAAGGUAAAAACUAAGGUUUUAAUUUCAACAAAUGUCUAUUCUGUAAUUUCAAACUUGUCAUCUAUUGUGGAGGUGGUACUUUGGGAAGGCGACGGCAGGUUUAAUUUCCCUACUUUUUGACAUUUCCUGGUGUGAUUGGAAGUCUGUGUAGAUGUGGAUGAUUUCCCGAUAAGUGGGUAUUUUUAUAUUGUCCAAAUGUGAUGAAAUUAUUCAACAAGAAAGGUAUUUGCACGUAGUAAUCAGUUAGUCUUGAAAUUUUCAUAACAAGAAGAGAUAGUCUAUAUCUUUUCGCUUGAUGUUCUUCUACAUAUGAAAUUUUCGGGGAAGAAAGUAUUAUAGUACAGUUUAGGAUAGACGUAUUUGUUUGAAGAAUUCUCAAUUCAAUAUGCCAAACUUUAAAUGCAAUAAUUUUAAAGCCGAGCUGAAUAUAUAGUGAAACAAUCCAAUAUGUGUCAAUAUCUUUAAUAAUUCUAUUGUAUUCGACAGAAAAAGCCAAAAGUUCAAGAAAUACAGGUUGAUCCUAUAAUUCACCACUAGUUGAACUAUCAGUAAAAAUGUUUCAAGUGAAAAUUUUUUAUCCUAAUUCGAAAAAAUAAUCUUGAGCAUCAACCUGUAGUUUUCUCUUGUGCAUAGCUCAAUUUUGUUAACAAAAAUGUCUUCCUUCACUGAUUUUGUAGUAUUUCAAAGUGAUAUAUAUAAGCAUUUCAUUGAUACAUUUAUAGCGUAAGAUCUCACUAUGCUUUCAGAUAGCAAUAUCUUAGUAUUUGUAGGGUUUUCUUUGUGAUGUAGGUUUUAUCAAACUAAUCAUGUGAUAUGAGAAGAGCGUGGACUCUUUCAUUUUAAAAUUCGAAUAAAUUAUUUCAUUAUUUCUGAAAAACUUGGAUUUUUUCGUAAUUCUUGUAAAAGACUGAUUUUUGUUUUGUUAAUGAUUCCAGUUGAACCUAAUAUAUCUGUAAUUUUCACACAUUGUAUUAAGACUUAUGCAUUUGGUUUCUUGAGCAUUUUUACAUUUGAGGUGUAAGGUUACAAUAAUAUUAAACCAGUAAAGAA